AUGAACGACGCGAAGGGAUCGGUGGACGACAUUGACCCGAGAACGCGGUCGCUGAACGCUCCCAGCCCGGUCCAGCAGUUUGGACCAUGUGGCCGUAUCAUGAAAACCUCUGCGUUGGUCACGACAAUUCAAGAUCCGGCCAGUCAACGUUUGACGUGGGCCAAAAAUCCUCUGUCUGUGUUGGUGAUAAAAAAAGUUAGAGAUAUGUCUGUUUUACCACCGUUCAUAGAACUCGUCAGAUGGCUGACACAGGAAAAAAGCAUGAUAGUGUUUGUGGAACAUUCUGUGAUGGAAGACACAAUGCUCUCUAGUAACUCGGGCUUCAUGGAAAUACGAGAGAAAUUAAACUCUUUUCAAGAUAGCAAAGAUGAUCUAACGGACAAAAUAGACUUCAUAAUUUGCUUAGGUGGAGACGGUACUUUGCUCUACGCUAGUCUUUUGUUUCAGAAAUCCGUACCACCAGUUAUGGCGUUCCACCUGGGCUCCCUUGGUUUUUUGACGCCUUUUAAGUUUGACAAUUUCCAACAGCAAGUGACCAAUGUACUUGAAGGACAUGCUGCUUUAACGUUACGUAGUAGACUUAGGUGCAUAAUUGUUAAGAAGAAUGAAGACAAAGAUAAGCCUCAGCCAAAUUUACUAGUACUUAAUGAAGUGGUUAUUGACCGCGGACCAUCACCAUACCUUUCAAACAUUGACUUGUUUUUAGACAGAAAAUACAUAACUUCUGUUCAAGGAGAUGGUUUGAUUAUCUCAACACCAACUGGAAGUACAGCAUAUGCAGUUGCAGCAGGUGCAUCAAUGAUUCACCCAAGUGUUCCAGCCAUCAUGGUGACACCCAUAUGCCCUCAUUCUUUGUCUUUCAGGCCAAUAGUAGUACCAGCUGGUGUUGAACUAAGUAUUAUGUUGAGUCCGGAUGCAAGAUCAACAGCUUGGGUUUCAUUCGACGGCCGAAAUCAACAGGAGUUGUGUGCAGAUGAUAGCUUACAAGUAACUACAUCUAUAUAUUCGUUACCAUCAAUAUGUGCUCAAGACCAAAUAUCUGAUUGGUUUGAUUCAUUGGCUGAAUGUCUACAUUGGAAUGUGCGAAAACGACAGAAGCAUUUUGAGGAAUUAUCUGAUCUGGCGCAUUGCAAGUAUGAGGAUUCACUAAAUUCAACGUCGAAAGACAGUUUAUUAGUUACGGACUAG